CUGUCCACCUACGUCUGUUCUGCCAGCUGGAUAGUACCGCUAGUUACACAAGUAAGGUAGCUUAAAGUAGUUUAUAACUAAGUACCCUGCAUGUGAACUUAAUCAGGCUUCAGUAGUUCUAUUAAUUCAAGAUGCAUAGACUACUGUUCUUUCGCUUAAUUGGAAAAUUAAUAUUUCAAUCAACUAGGAGUGGGACUGACAAGUGACGCUCUGUCAGCUUUACCACUCUGUAAUGAUGAAAGUAAGCUUUCUGAUGAUUCAAACCAUGAAGGUUUAUCAAAUUUCUCUAUGUUGUCUAGUAAUUCGGCGCAGACUGUUGAUAAUACUUUUAUUUCAAUGGCUGAUACAAACUCUCAUUUGUUUGACAACAUUUUGAAAGCUCCAACAUCAUCGGCUACACGAUUAGGUGAAGCGUCUUUAACUUACUUAAAUCAAGGACAAACGUAUGAGCUUAAAUUGAACUCGAAAACACCAGAGAUAAAAUUUAUCAAGACAUGGAUUCGAGUUACUUUCUAUGAUAAACGGAUGGAAUUAAAUGAACACGAGCUUUGGGAUAACUGGCAUCAAACACACCCUGGUGAAAACCUUCUAGACGUAGAUUAUAAAAGAUCGAAUGAUUAUGAAGAAUUAGAUAAUGAAAAUACUCCAUCAGAUGAUAUAUUAUGUGUAUGGAAAUAUCCGAAAUGUACUAUUGGUUUACGAUUUAAUUGUGUCAGUACUGAAUUCACUGCUAAGAAACAUGGUGGUGAAAAAGGAAUUCCUUUUCGAUUUCGGGUAGAACAUUUUGAAUAUGAUACUAAUCAACAUUUGGGAUCAUUCGCUUGUCAAAUUAAAGUAUUCAAAAUGAAGGGAGCUGAUCGUAAGCAUAAAACGGAUCGAGAAAGAAUAGAGCGUAAAUCUGGUGAUGGUCAGGCUAUUUAUAAACCAUCAGUUCCUGUGACUAAAUUAUCAUAUUUACCUAGCAAGCAAGUUAAAUUAUUUCAUAAUCACCAUCAUAACCAUGGUCAUUAUCAAUCGAUAACAGACAAGCAGUCGGCGAUCGACGAUACUUUUACAGAGCAAUCGAUAAAAGUGACAAAUACACAAAUUCUUACCACUUCCGCUACAAUAGCCACGUCUGUUUGUAAUAAUUCAUGCCAACAAUUUAAAGUAGACAUGAGUAGUUUGGAUUUACAGAAUUUAGCACGAGUGGAGAAAGCGGUGAUGAAGGAUAAUUUUACACUAGAGGAUUUAAAUGAUACAAGUAACAAUUUUGUAAUACCUAACCCAAUCGAAUCACCUAGUGCUUCCAAUCGGUCAUUUUCGGAAUUUGUUAUACCUACUUACCCAAUUCAUCGUUCGGCAUAUUCAGCGUUAAGAAAUGUAUCUCCGGGUAUAUCACCUUCUCCAUCUUCUAAUAAGCGUUUUAAUUAUACUAUACAGCCAUGUCUUCAACGGCGUAGACGUCUUCGAGCAGGAGACUGUUGUGCAGGGACUUGUUCAUCAUGUGGACGCAGUUGUCGAAGUGCUUCCCGAUGGAUACGAAGUAAUAAAAAUAGAAUGAUGUGCACAAACUGGGACAAUUCAACAAAUCGUGCCAAACAAGCCUCAGUGAUUUCAGAGAGAAGGAGAGCUGCACAAAGUUAUGAAAGCGGUUCCCAUUUGACUGAACUCCCAAAGUCCAAAUCGAUUCAAAUGAAUAUUCCUUCGCAUCAGUCAAAUUCCAUAAAUAAUAACCAUCAUUCAGGAGUAUAUGAAUUGAGUACAUCAGGCGAAUAA